GCCUCGCCCUCCAUCUGCCCAAUGUCCCCGGUCUCCAAGAAGCUCAAGACAUCGCCAUCCAUGCAGCUCGAUCCCAGUCCCAGCGCCAAGGCCCUGCCGGCCCUCACCCCCACCUCGGCCCCCGGCCAGCGAGUCACCCACGUCGGCAGCCCUGAAACCAAGAACCACUUUGCCCUCGACCGCCUGCGUCCGCUCUACCUCAACCCGCCCACCGCCAUCGGCCGCACCAUCACCGACGAAGCCCACGAGUAUAUCCAGUUCGACACCCAGCGCACCUUCCCUCCUGUACUCAAGCUCAAGAACUCGGAGCAGCUGCGCAUCCUCGUCACCGGCGGCGCCGGCUUUGUCGGCUCGCACCUUGUCGAUCGCCUCAUGCUCAUGGGCCAUCAGGUCAAGUGCCUCGACAACUUCUUCACCGGCAACACCAAGAACAUCCUGCACUGGGUUGGACACCCCAACUUUGAGCUCAUCCGCCACGAUGUCGUCGAGCCCAUCCUCGUCGAGGUCGAUCGCGUCUAUCAUCUGGCCUGUCCUGCCUCGCCUCCCCACUAUCAGUACAACCCCAUCAAGACCGUCAAGACGAGCGUCAUGGGCACCAUCAACAUGCUCGGCUUGGCCAAACGUGUCAAGGCCCGCUUCCUGCUGACCUCCACGUCCGAGGUCUACGGCGAUCCCGACCAGCAUCCUCAGUCCGAGAGCUACUGGGGCAACGUCAACCCUAUUGGCCCCCGUGCCUGCUACGACGAGGGCAAGCGUGUCGCCGAGACGCUGACCUACGCCUAUGCCAAGCAGGACAAGGUUGAUGUCCGUGUCGCCCGAAUCUUCAACACCUUUGGUCCGCGCAUGAACGAGAACGACGGCCGCGUCGUCUCCAACUUCAUCAUCCAGGCCCUCAAGGGCGAGGACCUGACCAUCUACGGCGAAGGCGACCAGACCCGCUCGUUCCAGUAUGUGCAUGAUUUGGUCGACGGCCUGAUCGCGCUCAUGGAGUCCAACUACUCCGAGGGCCCCGUCAACAUUGGAAACCCCGACGAGUGCACCAUCCGUCACUUUGCCGAGGUCAUCAAGGAGAUGGUCCAGUCCAAAUCCAAGAUCAUCAAGCUCCCCCCCACCGAGGACGACCCCAGACGACGCAGACCCGACAUCUCUCGGGCCAAGAAAGUGCUGGGCUGGGAGCCCAAGUUCUCGGUCCGCCAGGGUAUCGAGGAGACGGUCGACUACUUCCGAUCCAUCAUCAACGACAUUUAAGCCACUCGCGUGGCUCUCUGUUGCUACACUUGCUCGUUCUGAACCCUUACUUUCUUGCUUUGAGCGCCGCUGUGUGGCCUUUCGUUCUCUGGAUCGGCCAAUCUGGUCUCGAUGGCUUGCUUUGGCCAAACCAUUGAUCCAUUAGCGGGAUACAGCGUUUCCAAAAUGAAAUGGGACACCCCCGUUUUGAGCCAUGAGAGUGCUUUUUCUGGAACCUGAAUACACCCACCCACUCAUCGCA